AUGGAUGAUGAAUCGGGGAGGGGAAAACCGCGCAGAGAUCGCAGAGACGACGGAGGCGCCCGCGGCGGUUGCGGAGUGGGGUCUCGGGGCUCCGGUCCGGCUGCGGCGCGCCACCGGGCCAGAAAACAGCGCAUCGUUUCGGGUCGGGCCGGCAGGCCCCCUGCGGUCGGCAAGCUGGCUCCGCGGGUGGCCACCGGGACCCCCGAGCCCAAUGGCGGGGGCGGCAACAAAAUCGACAGCACGGUAGAGAUCACCCCCAGCCCCAACGGAGGAGUCGGGACCCUGGGAGAUGCGGUGGCCGGCGAGCAGCUGCAGGGCGAGCGCGAGCGCGCGCGGGAGGGGGCCGAGGCGGGCCUGGGUAGCAGCCUGUCGCUGGCCGUGCCCCCCGGCCCCCUGAGCUUCGAGGCGCUGCUGGCCCAGGUGGGGGCGCUGGGCGGCGGCCAGCAGCUGCAGCUCGGCCUCUGCUGCCUGCCCGUGCUCUUCGUGGCGCUGGGCCUGGCCUCCGACCCCAUCUUCACGCUGGCGCCCCCGCUGCACUGCCACUACGGGGCCUUCCCCCCCAACGCCUCGGCCUGGGAGCAGCCCCCCAACGCCAGCGGCGCGGGCGUGGCCAGCGCGGCCCUCGCCGCCAGCGCCGCCAGCCGCGUCGCCGCCGCCACCAGCUCGGACCCCGCGUGCAGCGGCUUCGCCCCGCCGGACUUCAACCACUGCCUCAAGGACUGGGACUACAACGGGUUGCCUGUGCUCACCACCAACGCCAUAGGCCAGUGGGACCUGGUGUGUGACCUGGGCUGGCAGGUGAUCCUGGAGCAGAUCCUGUUCAUCUUGGGCUUUGCCUCCGGCUACCUGUUUCUGGGCUACCCCACGGACAGGUUUGGCCGCCGCGCGAUUGUGCUGCUGACCUUGGGGCUGGUGGGCCCCUGUGGAGUGGGAGGGGCAGCCGCCGGCUCCUCCACGGGUGUCAUGGCCCUGCGCUUCCUCCUGGGCUUCCUGCUUGCAGGCGUUGACCUUGGAGUCUACCUGAUGCGCCUGGAGCUGUGCGACCCAACCCAGAGGCUCCGGGUGGCCCUGGCCGGGGAGUUGGUGGGGGUGGGAGGUCACUUCCUGUUCCUGGGCCUGGCCCUUGUCUCUAAGGACUGGCGCUUUCUGCAGCGGAUGAUCACGGCUCCCUGCAUCCUCUUCCUGUUUUAUGGCUGGCCCGGCCUGUUUCUGGAGUCGGCGAGGUGGCUGAUAGUGAAGCGGCAGAUCGAGGAGGCUCAGUCUGUGCUGAGGAUCCUGGCUGAGCGGAACAGGCCUCAUGGGCAGAUGCUGGGGGAGGAGGCCCAGGAGGCCCUGCAGGACCUGGAGAACACCUGCCCCCUCCCGGCGACAUCCUCCUUCUCCUUCGCUUCCCUCCUCAACUACCGCAACCUCUGGAAAAAUCUGCUCAUCCUGGGCUUCACCAACUUCAUUGCCCACGCCAUCGGCCACUGCUACCAGCCCAUCGGAGGAGGCGGGAGCCCGUCGGACUUCUACCUGUGCUCCCUGCUGGCCAGUGGCACUGCGGCGCUGGCCUGUGUCUUCUUGGGGGUGACUGUGGACCGGUUUGGCCGCCGGGGCAUCCUGCUCCUCUCCAUGACCCUCACGGGCAUCGCGUCCCUGGUCCUGCUGGGCCUGUGGGAUUAUCUCAACGACGCGGCCAUCACCACUUUCUCUGUCCUGGGCCUCUUUGCCUCCCAAGCUGCUGGCAUCCUCAGCACCCUCCUGGCGGCCGAGAUCAUCCCGACCACUGUGCGGGGCCGCGGUCUGGGCCUGAUCAUGGCGCUGGGGGCGCUGGGGGGGCUGAGCGGGCCGGCCCAGCGCCUCCACAUGGGCCACGGCGCCUUCCUGCAGCACGUGGUGCUGGCGGCCUGCGCCCUCCUCUGCAUCCUCAGCAUCAUGCUGCUCCCGGAGACCAAGCGCAAGCUCCUGCCGGAAGUGCUCCGGGACGGGGAGCUGUGCCGCCGGCCGUCCCUGCUGCGGCAGCCCCCCCCCAACCGCUGUGACCACGUCCCGCUGCUUGCCACCCCCAACCCCGCUCUCUGAGCGCCCUGGUAGAAGGCUGGCCCGUCUAGCAAGGGGGCGCGCAGCCCGGCGGGGUGGGGGGG